CAACAUAUGAUAAAUUCAGAAAUACCAAAUUCAUCAAGCACAACGCUGGAUGCUGAAACGUCAACGGAAACCACACCGUUUGUUCUCAGUCGAGAAAUGGUGAUUCUGAUGGUGGGAAUCGGAGUGGUAGAAAUGACGAUAAUAAUUAUGGGUAUUCUAGCAGUCAAGCGAUAUAGACAGCAAAGAAACAACACAACAAGACAAAUCAAAGCAAAUGACGGUCGACCUGUCUCUAGAAAAACAGUCUGCAGUGUUGAUAACAUAUAUGCCACAAUUCCAGAGGAGGAUUACGAUGAAAAUCCAUAUAAAGAUCUCUCUGACGGGUUUUAUGAUACAACUUCAAAACGACGAUCUCAUGUCUAUUGUAGCAGGAAUGAAUAUUCCAGAGGAAGUUUUUAUUCUCGUUUGUUUCGUAGUUCAAAAAUAAACGGAAGAGGGCCAAUAGAAGAAGCACACCCGAUGUCUUGAACAUUCAGAGAUUCGAAAAAGAAAAUAAGAAACUUAGUUU